AUGACAUUCGCAUUAUGGGCAGUGACGGCAUGCAUUUUCGGCUUGGUCAGUAGGUUGUCUAUAGUGUUUAAAGUGCGUGAUAUGGGCGGUCCCUCUUUCUUUCUAGGUAUUGAGACUAUUGCUGAUGGUGAUGGUGUGCUGCUCUCUCAGCGUCGUUAUAUGGGUGACAUUCUGAAACGAGCUGGUAUGGUGGACUGUAAGGCUGUAGUCACGUCGCUCUCGACUGCUCAACCGGGUAAUGAUCAGGUUGAGCCAUACGCUGAUCCCUCACAAUAUAGAAGUCUAGCUGGGGCUUUGCAGUAUUUGAUGGUGACUCGCCCAGAUUUGUCCUAUGCGGUUAAUAGGCUCUGCCAGCACAUGCACUCUCCGACUGUGGCUCACUGGGCUAUGUUAAAGCGGGUCCUUAGGUACGUUAAAGGCACUUUACACUACGGCUUAUCCCUGUGCAAGUCUACCUCGGAUGCUUUGCAUGCCUUUAGUGACUCUGAUUGGGCUGGUUCUCCUGAGGAUCGCAAGUCUACUAGUGGCUAUGCGUUAUUCGAUUCCCAGACUUUGAUUUCAUUGGUCUCCUUUGCGAUUUCACUCAGAGUAAUGGCUACUGAAGGAGGUAAACCUGAGACACAAACCUCAGGUGCAACUGUUAAUACGGUGACGGCUUCAUGCCGGAAGAAGAAGUCUGAAAGUGCCACUUUUUUAGAGGAUGUGAGAGAUCAUAUGGACGAGUUCAUCAAUGCUUCAAUGGAUGAACAUAAAACCUGCUUCAGGAAAACUAUGCAGAAGAUGUUUGGAAUGUCGAAAGUUGUUGCGGAAAGAAAUGGUGAAGUGAAGGAGGUUGAAAGCAAACUUCCACUCCGAACAGUCAUAUCUGAAUAG